GCAGGCGCGAGCUCUUCCCUUUCCGUUAUAUGUUUAUUUGUUUGGACUUGGAUUUUUCUCUCUUUUGCACGCGCGUUUCUCACAUAAGACAGUAUACACGCGUUAGAUUCGCGUUUGUUUAUAUAUCAAUUUAGUUUUCGGUAUUAGUUUUUCCACUGGUUUAGUGUUCAGGAGCGGUGUUUGUAGUGUUUUGUUGUGUUUUUAUCCAACUGCCGCAAUGCUGCUCGAACAUCCUGGAUCGAGUUGUCAAAACCCAGGAAAUUUCUCCAGAUACAGCUCGGGUCAAGAUAUCCCGGUGUGUGCAGGUUGCAGUCAGCACAUCGUAGAUCGCUUCAUCCUGAAGGUGUUGGACCGUCACUGGCACAGCAAGUGUCUGAAAUGCAGCGAUUGUCAGUCACAGCUGGCAGAGAAGUGUUUCACCCGUGGAGACGGAGUCUACUGCAAAGAAGAUUUCUUCAAGAGGUUCGGGACAAAGUGUGCGGCGUGUCAGCAGGGCAUCCCGCCGAGUCAGGUGGUGCGGAGAGCGCAGGACUUUGUCUAUCACCUUCACUGCUUCGCCUGCAUCGUGUGCAAGAGGCAGCUAGCCACAGGGGAUGAGUACUACCUGAUGGAGGACAGUCGACUGGUGUGUAAGGUGGACUAUGAGACGGCCAAGCAGAGAGAGGCCGACUCGACAGCAAAAAGGCCGCGCACCACCAUCACAGCCAAGCAGCUGGAGACGCUGAAGAACGCCUACAACAACUCGCCCAAACCGGCGCGUCACGUCCGCGAGCAGCUGUCCUCAGAGACCGGCCUGGACAUGAGAGUGGUGCAGGUUUGGUUUCAAAACAGAAGAGCAAAAGAAAAGAGGCUAAAGAAGGAUGCAGGAAGACAGAGAUGGGGCCAAUACUUUCGUAACAUGAAGCGGUCCAGAGGAAACUCCAAAUCAGAUAAGGACAGCAUCCAGGAGGAAGGCAUGGACAGUGAUGCUGAGGUCUCCUUCACAGACGAGCCUCCCAUGUCUGAGCUGAGUCACUCAAACAGCAUCUACAGCAGUCUGAGCGAGAGUUCCCCGGCUCUGGGGCGUCAGGGUGGAGCACACGCGCCCUUCACUCUGGAUCACGGACCCGUCUUGCCACCUCAGGAUCAAUACCACGACAUCCGCCCCAGCAGUCCUUACAGCCUCGCACAGUCACCUGCUUCCCUUCCGCCUCUUCCCAGGCAGCAGCCCCUCAUCUCUAGCCUGGUGUACCCCGACUCUGGCCUGCCCAUGGCGGGCCAGGGUGGGCACGGCAUGGUGUCGGCCGGUCCAAACGGCCCCAGCUCGGACCUCUCCACCGGAAGCAGCGGCGGCUACCCAGAAUUCCCGGCUAGCCCCGCCUCCUGGUUGGACGAGGUCGAUCACAGCCAGUUCUGAUGAGGGACUUUUGAAAGCUUCAUAGGAGGAAAGUAAGGAAGUCAAACUCAUCAACUUUAUUGUCAUCUCCUGCAUGGACUGAACAUGUUUUGGACUCAUGGAUGGAGCAGAGACUCAAAACAAAUGAUCCAGAAAUGUUUGCCCUCUCUGUUAGAUUAUUUGGAGCAGAGUUUUCACUUCUGUUUCGCUGACAUGAAGAUCAAACAUUCCGAGCCUGACAGAAAAAAAACCCAGAAACGAUUUACUGAGAUGCCUGAGAUCUGACCUCCAUCUUGUGGCAUCAUCUGCGCUUCAUCAGUGCGAUAAAGUGGAAAGACACGUUUGUAUGAAGACGUCGCUCCAUGAAUGUGCUAUAGAUAUCAGACUGGACUUUCAUAAGACUUUAUUUCCAUUCUUCAUUUCUCUUCUCAGUGUCUAAGUGUAAACACCACCAGUUUUUUUGUGUCCAGGUUGUUGCCAAAUGUCUCUAUCCAGUAACUCAGCAUUGUGGAUCCUUUAUUUUUAUAUACUGUACAGUCUCGUCUGAAGUCACGAUCACAUUUCGUGUAUUUCCUGAACAGGAGUAGACAAGCUGUAGUUGUUGACUCUGGUUAUUCUGUAGGAUACUUCGAUGCAUUUUGUGUGUUUUUGAAUGUAUCUCGUUCGUUUUCCUCGGCCUCAGCUUGCAGCUCCCAGGCUCCUCUACGUGUUUAU